AUGGCCUUCAAGAAUGGGCUGAGUGAACGCCUCGACGAGCUUCGUUUCCCGUCCCCACGCUCCCCGCCGUCCGAAUCGGUCUACCCCGGGUAUAGCUCGCUUUCGCCCGGCCACUCCAACUUCGGAUCUCCCUUCUCACGACCCUCGGGAGAGGUGCGGGCCAAUCUGCAACGUCGAUUCACGACGGACUCGAGCAAAUUCCCUUCGUCAUGGAAUUAUCUGAACCAGGGGGCCGCCCAGCUGCCAGACCCUCUCGACCUGCUAUCUUCGUUUGAGAAAAAGCGUCAGCAUAUUGAAUAUAUGCGAGAGCAGAAACGACGCUUCGAGGAAGACAUGAAGUUGCUGGACAUGCAGCACGAGAAGGAAAAGAUCGAAAUGGACCAGCUGGCUCGGGAUCUCGCUAAGGCUGGCCUCUCGGGGCCGGUGAGCGAGCCUACAACUCCUCCCGAUCACUCGGAGCCUACGGUGUCUUCCGCCUCUCGUCCAGGCAGAUUCUCAACUUCCAGCGUCACUUCGUCUCCGGGGUUUUUCUCGGCUUUCGCCCCUUCUUCGCAGCUGACUUCACCCCAAGCUCCCUCCCAUUCGCAUUCGGCUCAACCGGCCCAGCAGCCAGUCGAUCGAUUCGCUGGUCACUCGAUGCCUACUUCCCGUCGCAACUCAGAGAAGGAGGACUUUGUUGUGGAGAGUGCUCCCUUCCGACCGGGUCCUACGCUACACCGAUACUCGCUGCCUAGUAACAACUUCAGCAGCCCGUAUCGGUCCAACGUCGCCGGCUCGGGAUAUAAUUCAGGAACUGGCGUUGAUUCCUUUGCUGCGACGAAACACCUCUUCCCCAGCGAUGAGCACAAGUUGAACAUGUUGAGAGACGAAGACCGACUUUCUACUCCGGACAUCAAAGGAUACAUCAGAAUGACCGAGCCUGAUGACAAGUUCCCGACCCUAUCUCGCCGAGAUGGUUCAAAUAUCCUCUCGGCAAAUCCCGAUGCGCUUGAUCUGGCCAACUCCCGAACUCCGGGUCCGGAAUCGUACUCGUUCCACAGCCGGUAUCGCUCCAGCCACCAGAGCAUGCCUCAGAACAUGACCAGCGCGAUGCGCCUCGAUAAGUUGAGCAGCCCGACCAGCGAGGACAAUGUCAGCGUGGCUCACGCUCGCCACCAUGCCCGUCACUCCCUUGAGGGCGGUCUGACCUUCUCCACUGAUCGCACUCCUGAGACUAUGGCGCCGGUUCCUUCCAGCCGUCCCACCUCGUUGCAGUCAUCAUACUCAACAAGCGAUCUGCCGACUGUCAAGCGCAGUGGCUUCGACGCUGCGAUCACCCCUCCGAAGUCCAAUGCUGAGCACCUUCACCACCAUAAUGCUAGCAUGGGACGGAUCCCCACGGGAGCCGUCAAUCCUCGCUCUGCCAAGGAAUCCCCGGAGUCCGAGGUUAUCCAGAGCGGUCAGGCUCAAACUAUUCUCCAAGCUAGCGCUGCACCUUUUGGUCCUCAGUUGACUACGGCGGUCCCCAGUAAUGGGAUCACUGGCUCCGUUACUUCUGCAGGCGUUCCAUUCCCUCCCAUGUAUGGCUAUGGACUCCAGCCGUACGCUGGGCCGGUGACCCAGGCGACCAAUCAGAUGACGAACUUCGGACAAGCAACUAAUUAUGCAGCUUACCCUACCUAUGCUGCUAGCUACCGCUUCAAUGAUGCUGCUGCACGAGGUGGAGUCACUCAGCGCCGGCAGACCGAGAGCGAUGCGGGACAGGCGACCCGCUACGCGAACUUCCCAAUUGAGCACUACAAGGGCGAACUAUACACCCUAUGCAAGGACCAGCACGGCUGCCGAUACUUGCAGCGUAAGCUGGAGGAGCGAAACCCCGAGCAUGUGCAGCUGAUUUUCAGCGAGACUUACAUGCAUGUGGUCGAGUUGAUGACGGAUCCGUUUGGCAACUACCUGUGUCAAAAGCUCCUAGAGUACUCCAAUGAUGACCAGCGAACUGCCUUGAUUGACAAUGCCGCUCCCCAGCUCGUUAAGAUCGCGCUGAACCAGCAUGGCACCCGGGCCCUUCAAAAGAUGAUUGAGUUCAUCUCCACGCCACAGCAGACCCAAACGGUCAUUGACGCCCUGAAGCACCAUGUCGUUGAGUUGGUCCAGGAUUUGAAUGGCAAUCACGUCAUUCAAAAAUGCCUGAACCGCCUGGGUGCUGAGGAAGCUGAGUUCAUUUACGAGGCUGUGGGCGCUCACUGCGUCGUCGUUGGUACCCACCGUCAUGGCUGCUGUGUCCUUCAGCGGUGCAUUGAUCAUGCGUCUGGUGCGCAAAAGGCUCGGUUGAUCGCCCAGAUCACCUCGAACUCGUUCGCCCUUGUCCAGGAUCCUUUCGGGAACUACGUUGUUCAGUAUAUUCUGGAUCUUGCGGAAACGCGAUUCACCAACCCUCUUUGUCAAACAUUUGCCGGCAAUAUACCUUCCCUGUCCAAGCAGAAGUUCAGCUCCAACGUUAUCGAAAAGUGUUUGCGAACUGCUGAUGGCUUUGCUCGUCGUGAUAUGAUUGACGAGAUUCUGUCUGGCAAUGAGCUGGAGAAGAUGCUGCGCGAUUCAUUCGCCAACUAUGUUGUGCAGACUGCCAUGGAUUUCGCUGAUCAAGAAACGCGUACACGCAUUGUCGAAUCCAUCCGCCCCAUCCUUCCUUCAAUCCGUCAGACCCCCCACGGGCGCCGCAUUGCCGGUAAGAUAAUGGCCACUGAAAAUUCUGGCCGAUCUAGUGCCCAGAACAGCGGGCAGGUCACCCCCAACGAGCUCUCGAAUUCGGCGCAAAUUCCGGCGCAGGUGCUCCAGAAGCCUUUCCCUCCUUACCCGCAGGGCUGCUCCUCCGUUCACACUCCGACUGGAUCCGGCAGCUUUAGUGGCCAGGGCUUCUCGAGCCCUACGGGUUCUCCUCCUAGCGGACCCCCCAGCGAGAAUCCCUCGAUCUUCAGCCCGCCUGCGCCCCCAACCAAUGGCCACAUCAGCGCCCAGAGCCACGUUUACGCCUACUUUUAA